UUGAUAGAAUAUUUAACAAGUGAUCGAUCGGUAAAGACUAAAAAUAUAAAAAAAGAAAAAAAUUCCGACGGAACAUCAUGGAGAAGAGGGCUCACUCUGACAUAAAUCCAGGAAAUGAAACCUAGUUUAUUUUUAGUCGUAGAUUCAAAACGAACACUGCGUGUUAAAAUUUUUAUUUUGUAUUUUUACUUCAAUCAAACUUCUCUGUGAUGUUCAGAGAGUAAUCUGCGAUUAAACAGAAGUAAUGAAACAAGUCGGCCACUUUCACAAACAGCAUCAAACUGGGUUCUUUCUGUCAGAGUGAUACCUCUUCUCUCAAGGAUCUUUGUGUUUUGUGUAAACAUCGUCCAGCUGUCAGAGUGAGACCUCCUAUCUCAGAGGAUCUCUGUCUCCUGGUCGGACUCUUUCUUGCAGACCUCGUUCUGGGUUUUUUAGAGGGAAAAUGUUGAAUCUGAUCCGGUCCGUGAGACCCGCUGCCGUCCUUCUCAGACCCGCUGCUACCGCUGCACAGCCUUGUGCGCGCGCCUCUACGGGGCCCCAGCAGGAACACAGAACCUUCUACGAGUUCCGCACCUAYAGCAUCCGCCCGGACCAGAACGCCGCCUUCCUGAAACUGACCAAUGAGAAGAUCCACCUGCGCACCGCCCACUCACAGCUCAUUGGCUACUGGAGCGUGGAGUACGGCGGCCUGAACCAGGUCUUCCAUAUAUGGAAGUACGACAGUUACGCCCAGCGGGCAGCGGUCCGGGCAGCCCUGGCUCAGGACCCUACCUGGGUCUCAGAGUACAUCUCAAAGGCUUUACCCAUGCUGACGUGUCAGGACAACGAGGUCACSUACCUGGUUCCCUGGAGCCGCCUGCUGAACCCGCAGCAAGAAGGUGGUGUGUACGAGCUGGUUUCCUUCCAGAUGCGUCCCGGGGGACCGGCGGUCUGGGGCAGCGCCUUCCAGGCMGCCGUCACCUCCCGCGAUGCGCCGGGGUACGGGAAGCUGCUGGGGGCGUUCCACAGUGAGUUCGGACUGCAGAACCGAG